AUGGAGAACAGCAUUAUCCUGGAAAUCAGGCGGGAACUCAGCGGGUUUCGGGACGACAUCGGAAACGAUCUCAGGGCAUUUAAUGAAAGCAUCCGCGGCCUCCGGAGUGACGUCGAUACCAACACAAAAGACAUCCACAAGUUCCGGAACAGUACAACCAAAGAGUCAAAGGUCAACAGUCAACACAAUGCCGAUCUGAGGGAUGCACUUGACUACGAGUUUAAGUCCGUCGAUGACCGCUUCCGAGACAUAGAUCAGCGCUUCGAGGAAAUGAAGGCCGAUAAUGCUCGACUCCUAGCGAGCGUUCGUAACGGGAAACUAUCAAAUCCCUUUCUUCCCAUCCACGCCCUUCCCAUCUACCUGCCAAAUCAAGGCAUCACAUACCCUGAAGCAACACAUUUUCCCAAGAAUGCAAACGAGUUCUAUGCCCUCAAACAGCCAUCCAGUCGACGACAGACAGCCAUGCUUGCCUACCUCGCCAUGUUCUACGACAUUUCGCAUUACCAAAAACACGGCGACACCGCCAUACAGAACCCAGAGUCGGCUGUCGAGUAUCUGGAGAAUAUCCUCGGUCUCGACGAGGAUAACUUCACACGGUUCAAAGAGCGCGUGCGCGAAUUUGAUGAAAGGCCGAAAGCAGCACCGAUAAAACGUGCCGAAGUCUUCGACGUUGAGCACCUAUUUCCGCAGAAGCGACAACGGUCAAGACAUUCUUCAGGUCCCGAGUCGCCUUCCAACCACGGGCCUGAGGAUAGAGUUGGUUGGCGUCACAAGAGCUGGUCAAACCCUACUGAGACGCAGCCGACUAUGGGAGGGUUAGCCAAGAAGUAUAGAGACUGGAAGCGCGCCAAUGAAGCGGCUGAAGAUGCUCCGUAUUCGUCAGAUGAGUCGUCUGGAGACGAAGGGUUGAAAAAGUCGGCAGAGCCCCUGGGGGUUUUAGAGGACCCAGAGAGUGCGACGAAUAUUAACACAUCGAGGGAUGUUGAAUCAGAGCAAGAUCAAUUACCAAUACGGCCGAGUCCAUCCUGA